AUCAUCGCCCGCCAUUGUUGUACCGCAUGGCAGUCUGUGAAUGCAAAUGAGAUGAAGGAGCAGCUGGGGUCGCGCCUCCUCCUGCUCCUCCUCCUCCUCCUAGGUUUGGCAGCAUCUUCAACUUCUCCGCUCGGAAACCUCAAUCGUGACUAUGUACUACGAGGAGGAUCCGCCAACCUCGAUGCCAAUGAAUCAAACAACACAGUUACCCAAGGUCUGCGAGUCAAUUUACGCAAUGGCAAAGAUGCCAGAAAGCAGUACGAGCUUCAAGAAUCCGAAUUGACUGAUAUUCAAAACUUCAACUCUGCUGACGAGAAUGAAGUUCUCAAGGCUCGGCUUGCUUUGGCUCAGGCGGAAAUUUUAAGAUUGAAGAACAAGAUCCACAAAUUGACUUACAUGGAUCGGCUUUACUUUGCGAGCGGGGUUCUCAUCGACGUACCGGAAGAGUUUCUGAACGGAUGGACCAACUAUUACUCGCAGCCAUACUCGCACGGCACCAUGUUCACAGAUCUGCUCGGAGAUGAGCUAGGGACCUUCAUCCUUGUGGGAGCGAGAUUUCAGAACAGCUCCAAACUGGCACUAGCAGCUAUGGGGAGGCGCUCGAUCGUCCUCGACACCGACAACGAUGGAUCAGUUGUCUUUGAGAACGGCGUCUACUGGUACCUCACUGAGUUCUCGUUUGGGUUUUCCGAUUCAGAUUUCGUCGAGCUGAUGGAUUGCGAUGUCGCUGAACCUGAGAGUCCGAAGCGCCUGAGCUGGUUCAUCGACCUCGGAUGGGGCGGCUAUCGAGCUGGAAGCCAUCUAGACCUCUACAGCAAGACCAAGUGGGAGAAAGUGUUGUACUACGCAUGAGGGAGGCAAAGAGAGAAGCGGGGGAAUGAUCAAGCUUCUUUCUUUCCUUCACCUACGCCUAUCGCCUCCCGUGCAUCCUUGUCUGGAAAUAAGGUGCAGAUAGUAUAGCAGAAGGUCAUGAAAGUCGCUCCGAGCGUCACAGGUGCCUGUAGGGUCUCGUCCCAGCGCUUGUCUCGCAUCAGCGCGUAACAAAACAAGAUGUGGAGGGCGAGCAUGCACUUGGCCAUCAUGUUCCUCGGAUCCGCAUAUUCAAACUGAGCAGCCCCGAGAGAAAACAACCCGAUCCCUAUGACACAGGCUCCAUGCAUCUGCAGCAGCGUAGCGUUGUCUUCUCUGAUCCAUUCAGCAUAAGCAAGCUUGAGCUUGACUGUGAUGUCGGGGUCAAAGAAAGUGACACACCCGUAGAAGAAGCACAUGAUGGAGUUCAAAGAGAAGACUGCUUGAAGGAAAGUCAUGGCGGACGCUUCUCGCGGGUAAGGGAUGACACGAGAGCAAGGAAGAGGAGCCGAGAUGUCGUCAGAUGUCCGUCAGAUGUCCGUCAGAUGUCCGUCAGAUGUCCGUGCAGCAGUUGGGGUGGGCAAGCAUGGCGAAGCACAGUAAC